GUCGCGGCUUGUCGUUGCAGCUGCGACAACCCGACACGCUUCUUACGCGUCUUUGACCUCGAGUACAUUUGCAUCCGAUACACUUCCUUCGUAAGUAGUCUCCUGAAGCGCUUGAACAUUCCUGUCUGUCGAUGAGUCAUGAGUCAUGCUGAUAAGCGUUUGUUGACCUUCGCAGCGUUGCCUCCCAAAGGCUUUCUCUACCACCCUCCAGACCCGGCCUGAGCGCGUUUUUCGUUGCAGGUCAACCAUAUUGUCAGACCCGUUCUCAGACCUUGCUAAGGCCUCUGAGAGCGGUCACCUUCUCCAAACAUACUGCCUCUUAGCAGGCAGACUCUCCAUUUGAAUGCCACCGGCAGCUUCGGACGAUUUGUUUCGCCAGCAGAGCCGGUCCCCAGGCGACACCAUUCCUCCCGAAGAUAAUACCCGCUUGAAUCUGGAGCAUGAACUCGGGGGGAAGAGCAAGAAGAAAGGAAAAAGCGGAUCAAAGGCCAAGGCUAAAGCGGCGAAAGCAGCGGCCAAGUCCUCACCGGGCGACCUGUAAGUCCGACAUUAU